AUGGGACAAUUCAAGUCCCACCACACAUCUUUUGGAUCUCCGUUUGCGGUACCUGGCCAUGGCACGUCAACUUUGUUAUCACCAGCAGGUGCCAACAGUUUGUCUUCAGUCCUGUCUGCUCUCGGCAUCGCUCCUUCGUCAGCCCCAACAAUAUCGCAAACUCAUACAAGGUCACAAGGAGGUAGUUCGUUCCCCGAGAGUAGGACCUCUGGGAACCUAAUCAGGAGACAAUCGACAUCCACUGGCCCGUCGCCGAUUGACUCCGUUUUCGGUAGUGAAGUGAACUCCCCAGUUUUUUCGAACUCUCUUUCUAGGAUUGAACCUCUUCCUAACCGACAAAAUGUACAGAACCCCCAAGCUGUUUCUCUUGAUCCAUUAAGUGUAAGUUUACUGAAUAAUCUUGUUACUGAACUACUCAAUCCCAGCGCUUCUUCUCCUUUCAGUAGCGCAGCUGGACAAACACCCUUUAUUGUCGUGCUGCCUGAAACUGGGCCACAAGGAAAUCAGUCACCGGGUGCAUUAUUGAAUCCAGAUCCUUCACUAGGAGCUACGAGACAGCCUGAAACAGUUAACUCAUUUAUUUCAGAGCUGUCAGCGCUGCUUCGAAAUGGCGGUUUAAGUUCUAAUUUGCAAGGCGAAACAGGAACUGGAACAGGAGGUAUACCACAGGUCAUCACUAUACCUCCAUCCCAUGGAGCCAAUGCCGCUCUAUCAUCUUUGGCUGCAAUUCCUAACGAAGCCCCGGUCUUAAUCCUGCUCGACCCAAACACUUUCCAAAGUGCACCCGCUGCUAGUAGUUCGGGAGCAUCAACUGGAUCAACAGGAAAUAACAACUUAAGAACUGGAGGUGGUAACAACCUUAGCACUCUUGAGCUACUUACAGCCUUGGCGCAGUCUUUCCCAACGACUGCAGCAACAAAUCAAGCAAGUCGGGCUAACCAGCUAGGAUUAAACAACAAUAUUCCUUCGACUCAGACUUCUGCUGGGGUUAUUAAUCUUCCUCCUUUCCCUGGAUUGCGGAAUGUGCCAGUAAAUACUCCAGUAACCGUUAGAACUCCAGUAACAACUGCACCUGCAUCUGUAAAUUCUGCCGGACCAAGUAAUGCAGGAACAGCAGCAGCAGGUAGUGCAUCAUCAACUGGUUCUUCAGUUGGUUCUUUUGGUGGACCUUCCUCCCAAGGAGAUGCAGCCGGUGUUUCUCCUGUUGCAGCCACAGGUACUGGGGCUACUUCAACAAGGACUGGUGGUAUAUCAAGAGCUACUGGGAGUGCGCAUACGGGUACGGCUGAUGCAACGCCAACUGGCGGAACUAGGGGUACGUCCAGUGAUGGUACUAGUGCCUCUAGAGGUACGAGGAAGAUGUUGGUACCGGUGGUAUCUGGGGGAGCGAACGGGGGAGUCUACAUGUACUCUUUCACCAUCGAGUCACCCGACGGCAUCACGAGGCAUGAGGCGGGUGAAGUUACGCCCGGGUUACGGAAAAUUUCGAGGACUCUAGCACCAGCUGCUGCAAGUGCAGGUGGUGCUGGCGCCGCAAGUGGUGCUGGCGCUGCAAGUGGUGCUGGCGCUGCAGGAGGUUCUGGCGCUGCAGGUGGUUCUGCUGCAGCAGGUGCUGCCGAUGAAGCAGGUGGUGGUGGCGUUACAGGUGGUGCCGAGGCAGCUGGUGGUGCCGUAGCGGCAGGUGGUACUGGAGCGGCAAGUGGAGCGGGUACUGCAAGGGCUGCUGGUGCAACGAGGAAAAUUGGAGCUCCAAGGAGCGGCGCUCCAGUUGCUCCAAGCGGCGGUGACGCGGCGGCUCCGACAGAUCUCGGGAAUUUUGCAGGCAACCACUCGUGA